CCUCUGGCGUGAUCACAGUCCCCCGCUGCACUCCGAGCCCCACUACAGAUGCGCUGGAGACGCACAUCUCACUCGCUGACAUCAUGGAUUUUAAUGUAAAGAAACUAGCUUCAGACGCGGGAGUAUUUUUCACUCGUGCUGUCCAGUUCACACAGGAGAAUCUGGGCCAAGCAGAGAGAACGGAGCUGGAUGCUCACUUCGAAAACCUCCUGGCCAGAGCCGACUGCACCAAGAAUUGGACAGAGAAGAUAUUCAAACAGACAGAGUACCUGCUGCAGCCGAACCCGAGUGCCCGUAUCGAGGAGUUCCUGUAUGAGAAGCUGGACAGGAAGGCUCCGUCCAGACCCACCAAUGGGGAGCUGCUGGGACACUACAUGCUGGAGGCAGCCAAGGACUUCGGCCCUGGAACCCCCUAUGGAAGUACCCUGAUCAAGGUGGGGGAGUGUCAGCAGAGGCUGGGCGGGGCAGAGAGGGAGUUCCUGCACACCAGCGCCAUCAGCUUCCUCACGCCACUACGCAACUUCCUGGAGGGAGACUGGAGGACCAUAUCAAAAGAGCGGCGUCUGUUGGAGAACCGGCGUCUGGACUUGGAUGCAUGUAAAGCGCGUCUGAAGAAAGCCAAAGCAGCCGAGGCCAAGGCGGCGGCCGUGCCAGACUUCCAGGAGACCAGACCGCGCAAUUAUGUCCUGUCUGCCAGCGCAUCAGCGACUGUGUCUCUCUUUCCCUUCCCCUGCGGCGGCCAUGGGCUUCCUCAGCUGUGGAGUGAGGAGGUGGACAAAGCCGAGCAUGAGUUACGCGUGGCCCAAACAGAGUUUGACAGACAGGCAGAGGUCACACGCCUCCUGCUGGAGGGAAUCAGCAGUACACACGUGAACCACCUGCGCUGCCUGCAUGAGUUUGUGGAGGCCCAGACGGCCUACUACAACCAGUGCCAUCGCGUCAUGAUGGAACUACACAAGGAGCUGGGCAGGUUCUCCAGCAAUUUCGGGAGGAACCCCACCACCAGCGGCUCCGCGGAGCCCGACGCGACUGCCGAGAGCCCCGUGGCCCCGCUGGAGACGGACGUGCUGCAGAUCGAGGAGGUCCAGCCGCCCGCCAGUGGCACGCGCAAGGCCAAAGUGCUGUACGACUACGACGCCGCAGACACCAGCGAGAUGUCCCUUCUGGCAGACGAGCUCAUCACAGUCUACACGGUGCCAGGCAUGGACUCUGAUUGGCUGGUCGGGGAAAGGGGAAACCAGAAAGGGAAGGUGCCCGUCACGUACCUGGAACUCCUGAGCUAAAGAGGCCUACAAUUCAUCAGCCACACACACACACACACACACACACACACACGCGCACACACUCACACACAUACACACACACACACACACACACACACACACACACACACACACACACACACACACACACACACACACACACACACACACACACACACACACACACACACACACACACACACACACACACACACACACACACACACACACACACACAGAACUGACAGGUCAAAUGAAGCCAAGUUAACCCUGAGAGUUUACAUAUGGCACUGCAAGCCCUUGAAGCUUCCUCCCGAGUCCCAGUCGUCUUUACAGUGUUUUAUUUUUUAUUUUAUUUUGAUGUCUGCCGUUUCUGAAGAUGCCAUCUUGCUUUAAAUGUGCCACCUGCCUCUUUGUACCCUCUGCGAUCCCUUCAAGUAUGUGCCACCCCCUAUUUAUUAUUUAAAAUGGCCUGACUAUUUUGGACCUCCGCUUAUAACACACACACACACACACACACACACACACACACACACACACACACACACACACACACACACACACACACACACACACACACACACACACACACACACACACACACACACACACUUGUUUUUCCACCGCACAAGCAUUUUCUACAGUCAGCUUACAGGAAGAUAGCCUAUGACAAAAUGCAUUAAAGACCAAACCAAAAGAAAAUAGUUAUUAUUUUACAAUUAAGUCCUAUUCUUGAGCUGUAUUUAAAACUAAAAAUAAUAAUAUGAUACAAUAAAAUAAGUAAUUUUCAUUUAUUCUGUCUAUGAAUAUUCCUAAUACAGUACUCCAAUUUCCAGACGAUGAAAUUGAGUGCCAAGAGUGAGCAUUACUGUAUGACAGCGGCAGUCAGUCUGCUUGGCAGUGUGAGGUCUCGUGCCUUCCCUUCUCUCAUAGCGCUGUGCCUCUUCCACAUCCCUCACCCAUGCAUCUCCUCUUAUUUCUCAUGGCAUGUGAGGCCUCUGAGCGGGAGGGUUGGUUGGAUGUUGGGGCGAUUCUUACUGAUGCACGGCCACAAUUAUGCAUCGAUGUGUAGCAAAAAGGAGUCCUCCCUUUUCAUACUUGACAUGCAUUGCAUGCAUUAUCAUUUGGGGAGCUACCAGGGUCACUGCGGGGAAUGUGGUAACGUGCGUAAACAACGCAAUUAAACACAUGUGAGCUUGCGCUGCUGGCGCUGACUAUAUACUGUAAGUGUAAUGCCCUGACACUGACAGGAGGCCCAUGAAGGUCAUUACUGGCAAUGUUGUAUUUUAAUUAGGGGUGUCAAACGAUUAAUUUUUAAAAUUUGGUUAAUCUCGAAAAUUCCACAGUUAAUCAUGAUUAAUCGCGACUUUUAGUCCAUGUUUCAUUUUUUAUUAUUUUGCAUUUCAAGACCGUUUAAUCCAUAUACGCCGGAUUCUGCGUAGCACAAAGAACAUGUUCUAAAGCAAGAUUCUUCAGAGCCAGAGCUAUUCAGGUCUUUAUAGGCUGACAAUUCCUUUUUCCCAAAAAUGGAUUCAUUUAAAAGGCAAUUUUUGCUGGUUUUUGAAGGAAUAAUAUUGACAUUAAAACAAUAAUGAAUCUAAUCACGAAUUACAUGCUAAUAUGUACAGCCCUAAUUUUCAUACCAUUACUUUGCUAUAUCUGCAGCUCUUCAUGGCCCCUGUGUUUUCUUAGCAGUGCCCCUGCGUGGGCCUCUUGGUCGCGUGGCAUGGUGGCCAGGGCUGCCCUCUUAAACAGUGGCGGUGGCUUCUAAUUUCUCUGGCGGUGGUCACCAUCCAGCUCGCCUCCUUCCUAUUUCUCAUACAUCCACUUCCUGUCCCUCAUGGUAGGUCGGCAGCAGGAAGUGGCUGCUCAAAGGCCGAUGUCACUUAAGGGGCGAACCUCUCCUACCGUUUGCUGACGCAGAGCAUUCCCCUCCCUCCCUCUCCCUGCCCCUCUCCAUCACUCUCUGCCUCCCUCACUCUCCGUCUCCCUCCUUCCUUCCUUCCUCUUCCCCUUCUCUUCAAACCUCACCAUUGAAAGCGCCUCAGAACGCACUAGCAUUUAAUAUUCAAUACAGUUUUACUUACAGUACUACGACUUGUAGACACACACACACGCACACAC